AUGGCUACUGUGAUACCGCCGCCUUCGAAGAGGCAGAAAAGAGAAGCCCAACAAACAAGAGAAGUCAAUCUUGUCCCCAAGGACUUGCCCAAUGUUCUAAUCAAGUUCCAAGCAUCUGACACAGGAGAAUCAACUGGUGGCUCGAUUCGAGUUCCAGGAGGCAUUACGGAAAGGCAACUAGAAGAAUUACUUAACAAUUUAAGAGGCGAAAGCGAUGAUCCAGUACCGUACACAUUCUCCUUGUUACAUGAGGACGAUGGAAGUAAACUAGUUGAUAUUAGGAAUAACUUGUACGAAUCCGUGUUGAAGCCCGGUAUAAAGACAACAGAGGAUUUUCUCACUUUAGUGUACACUCCCAGGGCAGUUUUCAAAGUCAAGCCAGUGACUAGAUCCAACGCAGCGAUUGCAGGUCAUGGCUCAACGAUAUUGUGUUGUACUUUUGCUCCAAAUGACUCCGGACGCAUGUGUACUGGAGCAGGAGACUCGACGGCACGUAUCUGGGAUUGCAAUACUUCAACCCCAAUGCAUACUCUUCUGGGACAUACAAAUUGGGUGCUUUGCGUUGCAUACUCACCAGAUGGGUCAACGAUAGCCACUGGAUCUAUGGAUAACACGAUUAGAUUAUGGGACGCAUCGACAGGUAAGCCCAUUGGAAAACCAUUGACUGGGCAUUCCAAAUGGGUUAGUUCAUUAAGCUGGGAACCGUUACAUCUUGUUUCUGCCGAUGCCCAGCCGCGAUUAGCGUCAAGCUCAAAAGAUGGCUCAGUUAAAAUAUGGAAUACUACUUCACGUACAUGUGAACUUACAAUGAGCGGACAUACAAACUCAGUUUCAUGUGUCAAAUGGUCCGGUUCCAAUAUAGUAUACAGUGCUUCUCAUGACAAGACAAUCAAAGCUUGGGAUAUUGCUGCUGGUGGGAAAUGCAUACAAACCUUGAAGAGUCAUGCUCAUUGGGUCAAUCAUUUAUCAUUGUCAACCGAUUAUGUCUUGAGAAAGGGGGGAUUUGACCACACAUCGAGCAAGUCCUCCAAACACACACCAGAAGAGUUGCGCAAAAGGGCCAAAGAACAGUAUGAGAAAGUUGCCAAAUUGAAUGGUGUAAUUAGCGAGAGGUUAGUCACUGCCAGUGACGAUUUCACAAUGUUCUUUUGGGAGCCGCUCAAAUCUUCCAAACCCGUUUGCAGAAUGACGGGACACCAGAAGCUAGUCAAUCACGUUAGCUUCUCACCCGAUGGAAGAUACGUUGUUUCGAGCUCGUUUGAUAAUUCGAUCAAAUUGUGGGAUGGUAUCCGAGGAACCUUUGUCACAACUUUACGGGGCCAUGUGGCACCAGUUUACCAAACUGCUUGGUCAGCAGAUAAUCGAUUACUAGUGAGUUGCUCUAAAGACACAACUUUGAAGGUGUGGGAUAUCCGAACCAAAAAACUAAUGGUUGAUCUUCCAGGACAUGCAGAUGAGGUUUACGCGGUGGAUUGGAGUUUGGAUGGGAAACGUGUAGCCUCAGGUGGAAAGGAUAAAAUGGUGAGAUUAUGGUCCCAUUAG